AUGUCUCCAAUUGAAUCUACCACAUCUACUAAUAAAUCCAUUAUUAUAUUACUUGGUGGUGGUCAUGCAUCAGGAAAGAAAACCACAGCAUUAUCAUUACAAGAAGAACUUCUAUCGAGUGUUCCUCAAGGGAUUGUUGACGUCAAAGUAAUUGACAUGAACCAUUAUAAAGAUGAUGGUAAAACUUCAAUUGAUUCAAGUCAAUUUUGCAGCUCCAAAUCUGCUGCUAUUACAGUUAGCAAUGAUUGUGAACAAUAUCCUCGUCUUAAACCUUCUCGUUUUAAAUUUGACAAAUUGAAAGCUGAUCUUUUAGCUGAUGUGGAAUCAAAGAUUGGUGAACCACAGAAAAUUUUAAUUGUUCAUGGAUUGUAUGCUUUAUAUGACAAAGAAAUUAGAAAUAUGUCACAUAUCAAAGUGUUUAUAGAUAGUGAUCCAGAUACAAGAUUAAUUCGUUGGAUUAGAAGAGAUGUUUUAAAUGAUCAAGUUGAUUCUCUAGAAGGUGUCAUUAAUGCUUAUUUACUUGGUGCUAGAUCAGAAAUGAGUGAUUUCAUCUUUCCAACUAAAGAAUUUGCUGAUGUUAUUAUGCCUCGUGGUGCAGAACCAAAUGCAGUUAGAUUAGUUAUUGAUGGUAUUAAAUUGUAUGUGAAUGAUAAACACGUUCAUAAUGAAAAACUACACUUGCCAGAAAACUAUUUACGUCCAAACGAAGUUAGUAAUUUUAGAAAAGAAAGAUUCGAUGUUCAAAAGAACAAGUUUUACGAACUUAACUAA